UACUUCUUCCGCGUUCUUUCCAGAAAUGCGUAUCACGGCCACUCCGGCUUUACCUGGAGCCGUGGAGAGGGCAAAUAUAGUAUCUGGUCCUGCUUGGGGCUGGACGUAUGAAAAAGCCGGAAUGGAGUUCUGACUUGCAAAGAAGCGGCUAUGAGCCCUGGGAAAACGUAUUGCACAACGAGGAUAUCGCAGUGGUAACGCAGCAGAGCCAACGUUAUAUAGUUGUCGUGAAGCAGUACGACAUGGCAGCAUUGUCUAAAGCUGGGUGUUACUGGCGGGAGGGCAGAUCUGACAAUCCACUUUUUUUUUUUUUUUUUGUUGCCCUUUUUUCAAUAUAAAUUAUUUAGGUGCCGUUAAGUCUUUCAUUCAUAAAUGUCGACAGCUUGGAAUGGACGAUUAUGGAAGCCUAUCCUUAGGUGGCAGAAUACGCCCACCGUUUGGAAACGGACAAUGGCAACAGCAGUCAAAAGCACACCGGAAUUGUCCAAUCGGCAAAAGUUCAAUCAGCUACAGCCGUCUCCGAGUAUAUUCAGCAAACUCGAAAAGCUAGGAUUUGGAGAGUUACGAAGAACAGGGCGGUAUGCAGCGUUAUGCAAAGUUGUAUCCAAGAACAAGGACCAGAAGCAAACAUUGGAGCCGAAUUAUAAGUUCCCGCUUUUGCAAUUCUUUGCUGGAGCAAUGAUACCUACUUCCAUCCCUGAGGAGACAGUUCCAGAAGUGGCCUUCGUAGGUCGUUCAAAUGUUGGAAAAUCCUCACUUAUAAACGCACUAGCUGAGUCUUCAACUGUGCGAACAUCCGACAAACCUGGAUUGACACAACAGCUCAACUUUUACUCUGUUGGCCGCUUAUUUACCAUUGUCGACAUGCCAGGAUAUGGGUUUGCGUUUGUGGAUGAGGAUAAGCGACGACUUUGGCGAGAACUGAUGGAGACGUACAUGACCAAGCGAUCUACGUUGAAGAUGGUUUAUGUUACUAUUGAUGCUCGUCACGGUCUCAAAGUUGGAGACAAAGAUUUUCUCGCAAUGCUUGAUAAAAAUAGAGUGCCAUUCCAAGUGGUCCUGACCAAAUGCGAUUUAAUUAUCCUUCCUACAUUGGCCCGCCGGUACAUGAUGCUGUUGAGUGAUGUGAAUAAUUAUAGACACGCUCGUAAAGAGGUUGCCCUGGUGAGCUCACGAACCCAAUCUGGCGUCAAUCAACUUCGCAAGGAGAUCCUGAGGACAGUCGGGAAUUUGCGAUCGGAAAAAUACUACGUUGAAAAAACAGAGCGACAAAAAGCCAAACAAGAGGAUCGACGAAAAUAAAGUAAAGUGGAUAGAUGAAGUUCAUAGAUUGCAUUGUAAAUAAAGUACAUUGGUCGUCGACACUAUUCUGAAUGACUUGCUCAAUGUGGCCAUCAUGGAAUACAAGUAUACGUUCCAUAUUACCACUAACACCUGUACAGCAUUACAACAGAGCACGAUCCUGAGCUAGAGCCAGUGUAUAUUGAUAGGCUUGGCCGUGUAACCGUAUUAAUUGGACGAUUCAUCCACUAGAGCGCCUCG